AUGUUCUAUGGUUCUACCAGACCACCACUCACCCUUUCAGGUCUCAAAGGGGCAAGUUGUCUUUGCCACAACAAGUAAUUAGUGGUUACAUAUUCAUUAAUAGCCUCUCAGAGGUAUUAGUAGAAGGUGAAGGAUGAAACUGAAUCCAGGUACAUGAGAAUGAAUGAGCCACCGUUCACUACUGCAGUGUGUGGGGUGAUGGACACCCAGCUUACCGACUCUAUGUGAAUGGGCGGGAGUUUCAGUCUGUUCAUCAGUUUGGUGCCGACUGUCAGUGUUUAAGAUUGUUUCAUCACAUCUGAAAGUAACACUGGCAUUUUUUUUUUGUUUUACAGAAAUUCCAAGAAAUGGAAAAACAACACUAUGUUCAGGAUUUAUUUCCUCCUCGCUUUAGUCUAGAGGACUUACUUGUGGGAAAUACCUGCAGCUCAGAGGUCCUGCAGUUCUCUGAAUGCUUUGCUGCCAGCAGAGUUAAAAGAAUUGAAUAUAUACCUUUAUACCUGCAGGAAACUAAGAAUUUUCAACAGCAAAAGAAAGCAAAACGAAAAAAUACACAAGGGCUGAUUGUACAUAAGGUGAGUCCUAUCAAAGAUCAGAUUGUUCAAAGUCACCUUCAGCUGCAUGAAUCGGCCAGUUUAUGUAAAACUCUCUCUCAUAGAAUGGAAGACGGGUGCAUCCCAAGUGCUGAACAACCAAUAGAUUCAUGUAAAAAUAUGGAACAGUGCAUGAUAAAGGCACGGCUGGGUCUUACUCAUUCACAAGUGCUACAGCUGAAAGCAAUUUGCAAGCAACUAGAAGAAAGUCUGGAAAAGAGAGCUGAACUGUGCAAAGCCCGACAAGAACUACAGGGCAGGGCUCUAAUGCACAUUCACAAUGUACAAGAAAUUUAUGCAAAAAAUUUACAAAUUCAAAUUCUCAGAGAAGAUCUCCAUAAUGAUGUAAGUAAGCUGAGAUCAGAAGUCCAUCAUGCCAGGCGAGAAGCUCAGGAAUUCCAAAUGGGUAAGCAAAGGCUCCUCUGGUCUCUGGAGCAACAGGCCUUGUGACAUCAGUUGGAAAAGGCUGUCUUGGUGCAGAAGGUAAAAUUACAUUCUGCUACUGAGCUGAAUAAACUACAGCUGGAAAUGGAUGCGGUGGAAGUUGAACUACAAGCUGAAAAGUGUCAAAAUGCUCGAAACAAGAAAGAUCUGGAGUUGUUCUAUAAACAUUUUGUUUGUUUAAUUUCUUCAAACUCAAACUAUCAGUGUUGA